UCAGCUCAACCGAAGACCUUCCUCAAAAGCUCCGGUGACAGGCACUCGCUGUUUACACAUGACCUGCGCGCAUAAAGCCGGCGCACGCGGAAAGACGCUUGAGCAUCCAGGGCAAAGAAGGGAAUGGAUCGAACGCUCGCAAGCGGCAUUUUAGUUCGUCUAAAUUAUUCGGAUUAUUCUUAAAAGCCCUGAUUAAAAACCUUCAAGUGGUUCAUUUUUCCCCAUAAAUAUUGCGUCCUGUCCCUCCUGGUCCGUAGAAAUCUCAUAGAAUUUUGCAUGCAGUCAUGUUUUUAUUCACAAGGGUUGUGCUUUUUGUGAACGUUUUAUUUGUAAGUUGCAAACUUGCGCGCUCUAUGCAGAGUCAGCUGUGCGAACCUGUCAGGGUGGAUAAUCAUGACUAUGCAAAUAACAACUUCGUCGGCUCUGAAAUGAGUGCACCGCCGAAAAAAGUGGCUUUCCGAAUAAGUGCGUUUGGGCAGGAUUUUGUGCUCGACUUGCACACGGAUUCUAGCUUCAUCGCACCCACGCUCUCCACGUUGGACAUGCCCAUUGGGUCCGAGCGCGCGGACCUUCGGCGCUGUUUCUACGCGGGCACCGUGAAUUCGGAUCCACUCUCAUACGCGGCUCUCAGUCUGUGCGACGGCCUGCGUGGCGCGUUUGGCUACGACGGCUGGGAGUAUUUUGUCAGUCCGGCAAGUGACGAGUCAGUGUCAUCGGGUGCGCGCCGGAGCGUGGAGAGCGCGCACCUUCUGCGUCGACGCGCCAACGCCGAGCUUGGAGGCAAUGGCACGACGCGAUGUGGCGUGGACGGUGGCCUGACACCCGACGUAGCACACUCCCUGGAAAAGUUUAAACGCUCUGAAGAAGCUAAUGCCGGCGAUAAAACCACCGUACAGAGGAGUCGGCUCAAGCGAUUCGCAUCGGUGCCUCGGUACGUGGAGACGCUUGUAGUGGCUGACGAAUCCAUGGCCAAUUUCCACGGUGACGAUCUGAGGCAUUACGUGCUUACACUCAUGGCAGUUGCGGCUCGCCUCUACAAACAUCCAAGCAUAAUGAACCCCAUUAACAUCGUGGUGGUCAAGUUCCUGGUGAUUACCGACGAGGAUAAAGGGCCCAAGGUGACCGGCAACGCAGCCAUGACCCUGCGCAAUUUCUGCACGUGGCAGAAGAAGAUGAACAAGAACAGCGACAAGCACCCGGAGUAUUGGGACACCGCCAUCCUGUUCACUAAAGAGGAUCUGUGCGGAGCUUCCACGUGUGACACUCUGGGCAUGGCAGAUGUUGGCACAAUGUGUGACCCAAAAAGGAGCUGCUCAGUGAUCGAGGAUGAUGGCUUGCCAUCUGCAUUUACCACUGCACAUGAGCUUGGCCAUGUAUUCAACAUGCCCCAUGAUAAUGUGAAGGCAUGUGAGGAUGUAUUCGGAAAGCUUCAGGAUAAUCAUAUGAUGUCACCCACACUGAUCCGGAUAAACCGCACCAGCCCAUGGUCACCAUGCAGUGCUGCUAUCAUCACAGACUUCUUGGACAGUGGACACGGUGAUUGCUUAUUGGAUCAGCCUGAGAAACCCCUGACACUACCUGACGUUUUUCCUGGAGUGUCGUAUGGUUUAGAGAGGCAGUGUGAGCUAUCAUUUGGCGCUGGUUCGAAGCCAUGCCCACUAAUGCAGGCACCCUGUCAGCGGCUGUGGUGUACAGGCAAGACCCGCGGCCAGCCUGUCUGUCAGACACGCCACUUUCCCUGGGCAGACGGCACAGCGUGUGGAGAAGGCUUGCUGUGUAUGCGCGGGGUUUGCAUAGAGAAAUACGAGGUCACCAGGCCAAAGGUGGAUGGAAAGUGGGGUAAAUGGGGGACAUUUGGGGCUUGCUCCAGGACAUGUGGUGGUGGAGUGCAGCUGGCAAAGAGAGAGUGCAAUAAUCCAGUGCCAGACAAUGGGGGCAAAUACUGCCAAGGUGUGAGGGUGAAGUACCGGUCCUGCAACCUCACACCAUGCCCAGACACAGGGAAGAGUUACAGAGAGGAGCAGUGCGAGGCUUUCAAUGGCUUCAAUCUGAACACCAACCGCCUGACGCCCUCUGUGGUGUGGGUCCCGAAGUACUCGGGCGUCUCCCCUAAAGACCACUGUAAACUGAUAUGCAGGGCUAACGGGACAGGUUAUUUCUACGUCCUUGCUCCCAAGGUUGUAGAUGGGACUCCAUGUUCUCCAGACACUUCAGGAGUCUGUGUUCAGGGCAAAUGUAGCAAAGCAGGCUGUGACGGUAAACUGGGCUCCAGCAAGAAGUUUGACAAGUGUGGCGUCUGUGGAGGAGACAAUAAGAGCUGCAAGAAGAUUUCUGGCCUCUUCACAAGACCCAUCCACGGCUACAACUUUGUCGUCAUGCUUCCAGUGGGUGCAUCCAAUGUUGACAUCCGCCAACGUGGCUAUAAGGGAAUGGUAAACGAUGACAACUACCUGGCUGUCAAGAACAGCCGAGGCGAAUACCUUCUCAAUGGUAACUACAUAGUGUCAGCAGUGGAGCGGGACAUCCUAGUGCGUGGCAGCCUCUUGCGCUACAGCGGCACCAGCGGCCAAUCAGAGACGCUGCAUGCUGUAAGGCCACUGGGGGAAUCUCUAACAAUAGAGGUGCUGUCUGUGGGCCACUUAACACCUCCACGCAUCCGCUAUUCCUUCUAUAUAAAACGAGAAUCCAAAGAGGACAAGGUGUUAAAGAAGGAGGACAGGACUCUGGCUGAAAACAGCAUUCUUGUUGAGGAGGGAGGACUUGGCAAAGAAGCUGAUCCCCUCAAUAAAAAGAUUCAAUCUCCCUAUGUCAAGGAGGCUCCACCUCCUGGGAAGUGGGUGACUACUGGGUGGGAUGAGUGCUCAGUGACCUGUGGAAAUGGCCUCCAGAGGAGAUUGGUACAGUGUCUAAGAGGAGACGGAUCUCCUGGGACAGACUGCGAUCCAGCCAAAAGGCCAAGCGCAAUACGGGCAUGUGGUGACCCAUGCCCAGUGUGGCAUAUAGGUGAGUGGUCCCCCUGUUCCAAGACCUGUGGCAAAGGCUUCAAACGACGUCCACUCCGCUGUGCCACAGAGACGGGCAUGGUGCUUCCCAGGGAUCACUGUGUGAGCAUGAAGAAGCCACAGGAGCUAGACUUUUGCUCGUUAAAAUCCUGUUAAUGAUUCCUUUUCCCCCACAGUACUUUACCUUUCAUGUUAUCUACUUUCAUGGACUUGUCACUUUGUUAAACGAUAUACUCAACAAACAAAGAACAGUUAAAAGUUGAACGAUCCGGAACCUUAUUUGUUCUGGUGCAUCUUGUGUUUUUUUUUGCCUUGCCUGCGAAAGGGAAGAGACAUAAAGAAGAAGAAAAAAACUGUUAUAAAACAGAGAGAAGCAAUACCUUGUAAAGCAAUAUUGCCAUAUAGGCUAACUUAAAUGCCGAUCAUCUUUUGGACUAAAAAAGAAACAUUCCAGUUCAAAAAGUAGCACAGACAUUGCCCUUGUACUGCAUGUCCUCCUUAGAUCCCUCUUGUGUUAAUGCCUCAAAAGGGUUCAGAGAGUCUGGUGAGAGAAUGGGUUCAAGUUUCAUCUAAACAGAGUAUGGUUUAAUGCUUUGAUCAUUUACCAUUAUGAUUUGAAAACAUGAAUUAGUCCUGUUGUCUAUGUAAAUAUUCCUGGCAUAAUAAACAUUGAGAGAAUGCCAGAGCGCUGGAGAAGCAGAAAUUUGUUGAUUCUUUCCAAGACCUUAUUAUGUAGGAGAAAAGUUCGGUCAGUUUAUUGCUAAUUCUUAGUGACUAGAACUUUCAUGCCUUUUAAAGUAAGGUAUUGCAUCACUACAUAUCACAUAGACUUACAGAGAAGCUAAAGAAAAUGAUUCCAACUGAGUUAGUUAUCUUAAUAUUAGCAUAUUAAUCUUUCUCCUGAAUCUCAACAGUAGGUUAUCUAUUCUUCUAUAGUUCAGGGUGAGACAGUUAACUCUUAGCGUCCGGCCCUGUCUUCAAACUGUGCCUCCAAGACAGGUUUUUAUCUCAUUUAGUCAUCCAACAUCUCAUUUGUUUUUAUUUUAUCCUCUCUUUCCAGUGAGACAGAGGUACAGCUGCUAUAAUCAAGCCCUGUCUGGUACAGUAACUAAGUUAUUAUUAUAGCAAUGAUUUGGAUGGCUUAUGCCACAAGACAUGAUUUUGUGCCGGAUGCCAACCUGGUAAACUGUCUUUUGUACACAAUGUAAAUUCAUGUAAUGCAUAAUACAGUGAAAAGAUAACAAGAUGUGUGUGAGGUUCUUUGGAGUGACCAUAUCGUCCAUCUAAAAGAUGGUUCCUAUGUGACUUGGAAUGUUUUAUCCAUUUUUUUUUUCUUUUGCACUUUAGUACAGCAAAAGAGUUCAUCGUCCUGCAUGGGCUGCCUUGUAUACCAUGUAUACAUCCAUCUAGCUGUGCACAAAUAAAUCCUGUAAAUACCUUUCUAUUUUAUGUAUUUUUUUACGCUGGCAUUUUGAAUUGUCAUGAAUUCAAGGUAUUUAUUCCAAAUAAAACAUGUACUAACGAGAUGCUUUAU